AUGGCACCUGAAAUGAUCCCUGUUAGGCGAUCAGAUGAUCGAUGCCGAAGUGGAAUACCUGUUCUGCAGUUGAGGAACCGGAUCUCAGCACUUCUGGUUGACAGUGACAGGUCUUCUCAGAUAGCACAGUCGAGCUUUCUUCGAUAUUAUGGUGUUGACACCCAGACUGCUAGCAAUGGCCUAUCUGCAUUUGUCCUCGCUUCAGCUUCAUCUUCCACCUUUGACCUCAUUAUCAUUGACAUUAGCCUUCCUGUCAUGAAUGGGCUUGGGGUAGCAAGCUAUCAGGUAUAUGCGUGCCAGGGCAUAAAUUGUAAGAUCAUAGGCAUGACUGGUUGCUGGUGUGAAAUGCAUGAGCAAGCAAUUCUUGAUGCUGGGGCUAAUAAAGCAAUUGAGAAGCCAUUCUUCCCAGCGACCCUGUUGCCGAUUCUGAGGGAGCUUGAUGAUGAACUUUAA